AACCCUUUGAAGUGAAAGUGUUCAAUAUGUGCGCCACUUGCUUUUUAUUUUUUUGCCCAACACUGAAGAACAAUCGAUGGUUUACUUACCAACACUGCUGGACGGAGUUCCAGACAUGACAGGUGAAUUUAUUACAUAUGUGUGUGUUGUGAUUAAUCAGUGAAAAUUGCGUAAUAUUUCUCUAAAAAUUGUGGGACAAAUCUAAAACCGAGGGCAGUCUUAUGCAGGAAAAGGGAAGAUCAGAAAAAUAGAAACCAUCCUAAGACAUAAUGAAGCCUUUUAGAUCGGCACUUUAAGAGCCCCUUUCACCCAACCCAAAAAUCGAAUCCCCAUUCGCGUGGCGUUCAGUUUGCUGUCAACUCUUUGCUUACUAGGAGUGACAGAUUAAGGUACCGGACACACAACAUAUUCUUUAGCAAUCCGCGUUUGCGUACGCACAUAUAUAUAGAUAUAUGUCGUUUGGAUCGUGAUUUGGCCGUAUCGGUAGCAAUGUCCACUGCCCUGGCAAUGGCAGCAGCGGCAUCCUCGAGUGCCACGGCAGCAGCAGCAACAACGACGACCACUAGCAACACCACCAACACCACAGCGUCUCCGGCAACAACCACCAACCAUCCCACGCACACCGUCACCACAACGAAGAUCGUACCAACGUCUGGAGGAGGAGCCGUAUUCAUGGAACCGGCUCCAAUUUUGGAAGUCAAAGAACCUGCAAGGGAUGAGGUGGACGAUUUUGGGCCACCAUUAGAGCUCAGUGCGCCGAAGCCGCGGAGGCAGCGCAAAACCACAGUGGUGCACACAUGCCCCCGACCACCGGGGGGCUACAAGUACUCCAUGGAGUUUCUCUACGGGAUCGGCAGCGGCAUGGCUGGAGUUACCCUCAAUAUACCCACGCCCUCCUCUAUAACGCCAAGAACUUUGAGGACCACGGCUCCCCUACUAACCACCCACAUGCCCUUUCUCUCCACCAUGGGCGUGCCAACACCGCGUUCCGCUGGCUGCAGUACGUCGGGAAUUCGUUAUGCCGCUGGAAUGGGUAUGCCAGGAGUGCCUGGAGGAGGAGCUGCGGCGGGAGCUGCAUCAACAAGCACAACAAUGACAACGCCGAGUUCCCCGGCAGGAUCUGGGGCAGAGGGAGUGACAGGAUCCGUCUCAUCUGGUUCCCUACCAACCGGUGCAGCGGGCGGAAUACCGGCUGCACAGUUCAUUUACCAGGGAUACCUGCCAACUGGACCCCAGCGUCGUUUGUGGCACACGGAGAACGCCGUCUGGCAGUUCGAUCGGAAUUAUCCCUACAAUCAGGCUUAUUCCUCGCAGUACGGAAUACCAAUGAUGCCGGUGGGCUUUGAGCAUCCAUAUGGUCAGAGGAUUAUAUAUCCGGGCUACUACAAUCAGGCCACUGCUGGAUUACACGCUACGGUGCCGGGAAUGUCGAGAACCAGUCGCCAUGUGACCACCCAGCAGCCACAUUUGUUGGCCCAACCAGCGGUUCCAGGAGACGCUAAUGAGGAAUCCCCUCCCAGCCUAACGAAUACUCCUCAGGUAAGCAGCCCCUGGCGCUAUGGAAGACCUGGAGCACACCGCGAUCGCAUGGGAUCGGCAAGACAGGGAGUGGCCACUGCCGCGGGUACGACUGUCUUCCACAGGGAUUCCAAGACCUUCUACAAUAGCAUCACCGGCGGAAUGGGUGGAGGACCUCGAUACAAAGCACCGUUUGUGGCAAAUCCCCGUAGCUUCCAGAGCGUCGGAACUGUACCUGCUGGAGGAGCAGGAACCACCACCGUGGUGGCCGCAGGAGCUACUCCAUCAACAGCAGCAGCUAGCUCCAAUGAGCCAGCAAGCCCGGCCAACAAUCGCAGCAAUCAGGGAGCUUCGACCCAAAACUUUUCCAGAAAUCGUCACAAUUCCAAGAGAGGCGGCAAGAAUUCGGUGGGCAAGGAGCAGCAGACUUCUAACUCCUCGGGUUCCCUGUCCAAUUCCUCCUCGAAAUCGGCACUAGACAAGCAUCCCACCAGUUCUAGUACCUCGAUUUCGCCUAGCAAGCAUCCCAAUCGCAUCUAUAGGAAUCGAAUGCGUUACAAUGCCAAUGAGCCAAUUGAGCAGAAACCCCAAGCUACUGCAGCUCCAAUGAAUAACAAUUACCAACCGCCACAGCAACUGCAAAAUGCAGGGCGCAGGGCUUCCAAGUUCCAGGGGGGAAAUGCCUAUCAAGGACACACAGCCAAUCGACAGCAAUCACGCUACUAUCAAUCCCGACACAUGGACGCCUAUGUCUAUCAACCCGGUCACUAUAUGGUCUAUUCAUCCGGAACACCAGUUCUGGGAGCCGCAGGAGGUAUGGGAGGAGGAGCAGCAGGUGGUGGAGUACCCAUGCCAGGGGUGGCAGGAGCAGGAUCUUCUGGAGGAGGAGGAGGAGCAGGAGCAGUUGGAGGAGGAGCAGCCACGGUCACGGCCAGCAGCGCCACCUCGGAGGGCGAGCAGCCGCUGGACUCGGACUUUGAUCAGCGCCAGGAAUAUGCUGACUUGGGUCUGGAUCCAGCCAAUGGCGGCUUCUCCUCCGACCUGGAGCCGCACAAUUUCAAGCAGGACACCUCCGAAAUGGACGCCUACUCUUGUCUGCUAUCGCAUCCGAGUUCCGAAGUGGACGGCGAUGACGGCCACUCUUUCGCCAGCUUGGCUGCCAGUGGGCAGAGCGAUGUGACCGAGAGUGACCUUAGUGAUGCCUCCGUGGAGUCGGUUGUGCGCGAUAUAAUGGUCAGUUGUUUAGCCAAGGCCACCGGAGCCCAGGAGCCCGAUCUAAGUGGGCCGAAUCUGGUGCCCUACGGCGACAUGCAUCACCUCAAGGAGCUGGAGAGGAAGUCGCAGCAAACUGGACUCAUAAACGGCUACAGGAGCCAUGUGCACCACUCCUUCAGUCCCAGAGGAAUGAGUUGCUGCGGGGAUAUGCUAAGUCAACCCGCAGAUGAUUUGGUCUACAAACUGGACCCGAAUCAGCAGGAUGUCUAUGAUUCUGGAAAGAGCCUUUUGAAGGAGAUCGCCGAGGAGCCCGACAACAUCUCGGUGGCCUCCAAUCUCUCCUGCAGUCCAUCCGCCUGCUCCAGCAAAAGUGCAAUGGCUCCCAGUUCCCUCAAGGUCAAUAGCAUAAUGCCAGAAGAAAUCACUGAAGAAGAACUUCCCUUGGUGAUUCACAAUCGGUAUUGGCGCGAAUUCUUUGGCUAUACGCCAGCGGAUCGUUUUUUGCUGCGAGCCAAGCAGGUGGAAAUGAAAAGACCACCGAAAACCCUGGCCAACAGGAGCAAAUGGGAGCCCCUGUCCAUUUCCAUCUGGAGAAAGUUUCUCGAGGCCCAGCAGACGAGCCACAUCUACAAGACCAAGAUGCGGCUGUGGCGUUCCAUUUACACUGUGGCAAUGACGAGCUAUCCAAGAUAUGGUCUAUAUUUGGUUGGCUCCACUAUCUCCUACUUUGGCUCCAAGUGCUCGGACAUGGACAUUUGCAUGCUGGCCUGCACAAAUCCCAACAUCGAUCCCCGCAUGGAGGCCGUCUAUCAUUUGCAGUUGAUGAAGGAGCUGCUGAACCGCACAAAUAUGUUCCAGGACUUUAAUCUCAUCGAGGCGCGAGUGCCCAUACUCCGAUUCACCGACCGGCGACACAAGGUGGAGGUGGACAUAAACUUUAACAACUCCGUUGGGAUCAGGAACACCCAUCUCCUGUACUGCUAUUCCCAGCUGGAGUGGCGAGUUCGUCCGAUGGCCCUGACUGUGAAGCAGUGGGCCCAGUACCACAACAUCAACAAUGCCAAGAACAUGACCAUAUCGAGCUAUUCCCUCAUGCUGAUGGUCAUACACUUUCUGCAGGUCGGAGUGAAUCCCCCCGUGCUGCCAUGUCUGCACAAGCUGUAUCCGGAUAAGUUUGGACUGCUGCAUCCCAGUGAUUUCGGAUACGUGGACAUGAACGAGGUGGUGGCUCCGUUUCAGUCGGAGAACACCCAGUCCCUGGGUGAGCUGAUGCUGAGUUUCCUGCACUACUACAGCGUGUUUGAGUACGGCAAGUAUGCCAUCUCCAUAAGAGUGGGUGGAGUUCUGCCCAUCGACGUUUGCCGCGCCGCGACUGCACCCAAAAACGACAUACACCAAUGGAACGAGCUGUGCAUCGAGGAGCCCUUCGAUCAGACGAAUACAGCGAGAUCGGUGUACGAUUCGGAUACCUUUGAGCGCAUCAGGGCCAUCUUUGUGGCCAGCUACCGGAGGCUGGAGUCGACGAGGAAUCUCAGUUCCAUAUUCGAGGGCUACGACGGACCCACAAUCCUGAUGCAACAGCCCUCAGUGGACUCGGAGAACGAGUUCUACGAGAGUCAGCACCAUCAUUUGAUGGCCAACAGAGGCUCCUCCAGAUCCAACAGCAAAAUGCCCUCGCCCAGACCAUCGAAACUAAUGGUGGACAAAGCAACGACAGCCAUUUGGAGUGAUAUCAAUAGAAAACCAGACCAGAGAAACAAGGUCUCCAAGGAUAUGCGGUCCAAAGAGGACUCUGUGGUCACCCAGCCACACCCUGCAUAAAAAAAAAAAUAUUACCAUAUAUAGAAACCAAACCCAAAAAUACACAGCACACAAAACGCACACCAUCUUAAUGAGAAGAAAUACUUUUAUAUUCCUACGCUAGUCGGGAUGUAGAAAAAAAUUGCAAGGUUGUGAACGGAAGUUUUUUGUAGUAGUUGCCGGACGCUUUUAAACCGAUUUAAAUUUGACGUUGGAUAAUUUAUAUGUAAAGUAGGAAAUUAGAUGAUUUCGAUUCACUAUCUGUGAAAUGACCAAAUAAAUAACGACACAUCUAUCUCAACGCAAAGUCGGUCGCAAAAAAAACACUAAAAUCUGCAAAAAUGCAAGAAAGAGUUUCAAGUGUUUGCGUACCUCACAAGCUUCAUCUCAAGAUAAUUGCUAAAAAAAACAAAGCCUGGAAAAAGGAGUAUCUAAAAAUCCAAAAAAAAAACAAAAUUCAAAAAUGUUAAAAAAUAUAUAAAAACAAUUUUGUACGUAGUAGGAAAAUAUACAUUUUCACGAUUCCUACUUUUUAUACAGGAGGCAUAGGGUUUGUAGGUGACAUAAAUCAUAAUAACAGAAAAAACACAAAACAAAAAAAAACUUAAAACGAACAAAAUGUAUCACAAAAACGACAAAAUUUGUAACAAAACAGUGUAAAAUUUAAAAACCGCGCCAAUCUUCACAAAAAAGCUCACGAGUUAAACGGCAGGGUGGAUAGCCCAGCCCAGAACUUGAAUUAACCUGAUGAUAGCGCCAAAAAAAUGUUAUAAAAUAAAAGCCCGAACAGGAAA